CAACCUGCCCUCUUGAAAGAAGUGAAUUUACUACCUGAGAGUGAUGAUUCAUAACAAACAAAUUUACUUACCUCAUGGCUCUGGAGGCUGGGAAGUCCGGUGUGUGGACCUCCAUGCUACAUCAUCCCAUGGUAGAAGGAAAAACUGCAUAGAAAAUCUAAUGGAUGAAGAUGAGAAAGAUAGAGCCAAGAGAGCCUCUCGAAACAAGUCUGAGAAGAAGCGUCGGGACCAGUUCAAUGUGCUCAUCAAAGAGCUCAGCUCCAUGCUGCCCGGGAACACACGCAAGAUGGACAAGACCACUGUUCUGGAGAAAGUCAUCGGCUUCCUGCAGAAACACAAUGAAGUCUCCGCACAAACGGAAAUCUGCGACAUUCAGCAAGACUGGAAGCCUUCAUUCCUUAGUAAUGAGGAAUUCACCCAGCUGAUGUUGGAGGCAUUAGAUGGCUUCAUCAUCGCGGUGACCACAGAUGGCAGCAUCUUGUACGUCUCUGACAGCAUCACACCACUCCUUGGGCACUUGCCGUCAGAUGUCAUGGAUCAGAAUUUGUUAAAUUUCCUCCCGGAACAAGAACAUUCUGAAGUUUAUAAAAUGCUUUCUUCUCAUAUGCUUCUGACGGAUUCCCCCUCCCCAGAAUUCCUAAAAUCUGACAACGAUUUAGAGUUUUAUUGCCAUCUUCUCAGAGGCAGCUUGAACCCAAAGGAAUUUCCAACUUAUGAAUACAUAAAAUUUGUAGGAAAUUUUCGCUCUUACAACAAUGUGCCUAGCCCCUCCUGUAACAGCUUUGACAACGCCCUUUCGAGACCUUGCCGGGUGCCACUAGGAGAGGAGGUCUGCUUCAUUGCCACCGUCCGGCUGGCGACACCGCAGUUCUUAAAGGAAAUGUGCAUCGUUGAUGAACCUUUAGAAGAAUUCACUUCAAGGCAUAGCUUGGAAUGGAAAUUUUUAUUUCUGGAUCACAGAGCCCCUCCAAUCAUAGGAUACCUGCCCUUCGAAGUGCUGGGCACCUCGGGCUAUGACUACUACCACAUCGAUGACCUGGAGCUCCUGGCCAGGUGCCACCAGCACUUGAUGCAGUUUGGCAAAGGGAAGUCGUGUUGCUACCGGUUUCUAACCAAAGGGCAGCAGUGGAUCUGGCUGCAGACUCACUACUACAUCACCUACCAUCAGUGGAACUCCAAGCCCGAGUUCAUUGUCUGCACACACUCGGUCGUCAGUUACGCCGAUGUCCGCGUGGAAAGGAGACAGGAGCUGGCUUUGGAAGACCCGCCGCCUGAGGUCUUGCACCCCUCAGCGCUGAAGGACAAGGACUCCAGCCUGGACCCCCAGCAGCACUUUACCACACUGGAUGCUGGUGCCCCAGGCCUGAAUGCCAGUCCUUCACCAUCUGUGUCCUCGAGGAGUUCCCACAAGUCCACACACACGGCUGUGUCAGAGCCUGCUUCCACUCCGACCAAGCUGAUGGCUGAGGCCAGUACCACAGCUUUGCCAAGAUCAGCCACCCUGCCCCAAGAGUUACCAGUGCCCGGGCUCGGCCAGGCAGCCAUGAUGCCAGCGCCUCUGCCUUCCCCGGUGUCCUGUGACCUCACGCAGCAGCUCCUGCCUCAGACCGUUUUGCAGAGUCCGCCUGCACCCAUGGCACAGUUCUCCGCACAGCUCAGCAUGUUCCAGACCAUUAAGGACCAGCUGGAACAGCGGACGCGGGUGCUGCAGGCCAACAUCCGGUGGCAGCAGGAAGAGCUCCACAAGAUCCAGGAGCAGCUGUGCCUGGUGCAGGACUCCAGCGUGCAGAUGUUCCUGCAACAGCCAGCCAUCUCCCUGAGCUUUGGCAGUGCCCAACGGCCCGAGGCACAGCAGCAGCUGCCACAAAGGGUGGCUGCCGCAGCUCAGCCCCAGCUGGUGACGAGCCCCCAGCUUCCGGGGCAGAUGGCCUCAGCCCAGGUCACAAGCCAGCACCUGCUCAGAGAAUCCAGUGUGAUUGCGAGCCAGGGUCUGAAGCCCAUGCGAAGCCCCCAGGUGGUACAGGGAAGCAGCCGCUCUGCCAGUAGCCUACCACCCCCCUUUGGCAGUACUGCAGCACUGCUGCCCCCAGCCCUGAGCCUGACUGCCCCUGUGCCCAUCUCCCAGGAUGCCAGCCAGUGCCAGCCAGGCCCUGACUUCAGCCAUGACCGGCAGCUCAGGCUGCUGCUGAGCCAGCCCAUCCAGCCCAUGAUGCCUGGGUCCUGCGAUGCGAGGCCACCCACAGAGGCCAGUAGGACAGGACAGCAUGUCAAGUUUGCACCGAGCCAGGCGGUAUUUCCAAGUCCGGACUCGCACCCAGCCAGCAGCAGCACUGCAACCCCUGUCCUGCUGAUGGGGCAGGCAGUGCUGCACCCCAGCUUCCCUGCCUCCCAGCUGGCCCAGCAGCCACCACCGAACUACGUGCAGGUGCCGACCUCUCUGCACAGUGAGCGGCCGGAUUCACUGCUCCUCUCCGCCUACUCCCAGCAGCCAGGGACCCUGGGCUUUGCCCCACCACCCUCUGCACAGCCCCAGCCCACACGCCCAUCCCGCAGGGUCAGCCGUCUGUCCGAGCCAUCGGGCCUCCAGCAGCCGCCCCGGUAGUGCCCUGGUCCUGGAGUCAGACACGAUUGGCUUUAACCAGUGGAAGAAGGGUGGUGACAGAAGACAGGGAGAGGGGUCUGAGCAAAAGUCCUGGCUUCCGGGUACCUGGAUACAUUUCAGAGCUCCUGGAUGCACAGUGGAUGGCCAUGUUUCCCUGCUGCGAGGUCCUCAGCACCCUCUACAGCCAUACUGGACAGAACCGAGUGCCCUGGCAGGCAUCAUGACUCAGUUUACCUGCAGUGAUGGUACCCUGGCCACCUCCCUGAAGAACGCACCGGUUACUCCAUAAAGUGGCCCUGUCCCCACGCCCUAGCUGGCCUUCACUCGCUUGGUCAUUUUUCCUUUGCAUUGGAGGACUGGGUCCAAAAUCUGUUGCAGAGAGAGAAUAAAGAGAUUAUUUUUCACUAUUUUUAAAUGGUGGUUUUUGUUUUGUUUUAAUUUGCACAGCUGCACCGAGGAAAUAACUUAUGCACUUUCUGUUCUUAAAAAUAACAAGGUCUUGGGCCAGGGAUUUAGCUCAGUGGUUC